GCUUUCAUUUACGUCAACAGCACACAAGCUCCCAAACUGAGGCUUUAUGCAUUUUUUUAUUUGUGCUCUUUAUACUCAUCUGCUGCACUCUAGGAUUCAAUCCGAGAUAUUCUUCAUAAAGCAGAGAAACGAAACUAAAGGAAAGGGCGUCCAUCAGAUCAGUGUCUUCGAGUGAGGCCUAGGCUCCAGCUGGCCUCGGUGAGCACUGGCAUGAUGGAGGGGGGUAUGCAGCUGCUGAACCGGGAUGGCCACAGCAUCUCGCACAACUCCAAGCGCCACUACCAUGACUCCUUUGUGUCCAUGAACCGCAUGCGACAGCGUGGCCUGCUCUGUGACAUUGUGCUCCAUGUGGCCAACAAGGAGAUCAAGGCACACAAGGUGGUGCUGGCCUCCUGCAGUCCAUACUUCCAUGCCAUGUUUACAAAUGAGAUGUCGGAGAGCCGUCAGACCCAUGUGACCCUGCAUGACAUUGACCCUCAGGCUCUGGAGCAGCUGGUGCAGUAUGCCUACACUGCUGAAAUUGUAGUAGGAGAGGGGAAUGUGCAGACCCUGUUGCCUGCAGCUAGUCUCCUGCAGCUCAACGGAGUGAGAGAUGCCUGCUGCAAAUUCCUUCUCAGCCAGCUGGACCCCUCAAACUGCCUGGGCAUUCGUGGCUUUGCAGACACUCACUCCUGCAGCGACCUUCUCAAGUCGGCCCACAAGUAUGUCCUGCAGCACUUUGUAGAGGUAUCCAAGACUGAAGAGUUUAUGCUGCUACCUCUCAAACAGGUGCUGGAUCUGAUUUCUAGUGAUAACCUGAAUGUCCCAUCAGAGGAGGAGGUGUACAGGGCUGUGCUGAGCUGGGUCAAGCAUGACAUUGAUGGGCGGAGACAGCAUGUGCCCCGGCUGAUGAAGUGUGUGCGUCUGCCCCUGCUGACACGAGACUUCCUGAUGAGUAAUGUGGAUACGGAGCUGCUGGUGCGUCACCACUCCGAGUGCAAAGACCUGCUGAUCGAGGCACUGAAGUAUCACUUGAUGCCCGAGCAGAGGGGUGUCCUCAGUAACAGCCGCACCCGACCGCGCCGCUGCGAGGGGGCCAGUCCGGUGCUCUUUGCUGUAGGUGGGGGCAGUCUUUUUGCCAUUCAUGGAGACUGUGAGGCCUAUGACACUAGGACAGACCGCUGGCACAUGGUUGCAUCCAUGUCGACGCGGCGGGCACGAGUUGGAGUGGCUGCUAUUGGAAACAAGCUCUAUGCUGUGGGAGGGUAUGAUGGCACUUCUGAUUUGGCUACUGUAGAGUCGUAUGACCCUGUAACUAAUGCGUGGCAACCUGAGGUGUCUAUGGGAACGAGGAGGAGCUGUUUAGGUGUUGCGGUCCUGCAUGGGCUGCUGUAUGCAGCAGGAGGAUAUGAUGGGGCUUCUUGUCUCAACAGUGCGGAGAGGUAUGACCCUCUGACCAGUACCUGGACUUCCAUCGCUGCCAUGAGCACCAGGAGGAGAUACGUUAGAGUGGCUACAUUAGAUGGCAGUUUGUACGCUGUCGGUGGGUAUGACAGCUCGUCACACUUAGCGACUGUAGAAAAGUACGACCCUCAGAGUAAUGCCUGGACUGCCAUUGCCAACAUGCUGAGCAGGAGGAGCAGCGCAGGAGUUGCUGUAUUGGAGGGCAUGCUUUAUGUUGCAGGAGGCAAUGAUGGUACCAGCUGCCUAAAUUCAGUGGAGCGAUAUAAUCCGAAAACCAACACCUGGGAAGGAGUGGCCCCCAUGAACAUCCGCAGGAGCACCCAUGACCUGGUUGCCAUGGAUGGCUGGCUAUAUGCGGUUGGAGGCAAUGAUGGCAGCUCUAGUCUCAACUCCAUAGAAAAGUACAACCCUCGUAGCAACAAAUGGGUGGCAGCGUCGUGUAUGUUCACGCGCCGGAGCAGUGUGGGAGUUGCUGUUCUGGAGCUCCUCAACUUUCCUCCUCCGUCCUCUCCCACUCUUUCCGUUUCCUCCACCAGUCUUUGACAAAGGGUAAAGACCCGGCUUAGCUCCAGCGGCCUGCCCUGUGUGGCCAAGAGGCGCAACUGCUCAGUUUGAGCAUCAGACGAGGAGUGUUUCAUGGACCACAGUGCCCUCCUUCUGCCUGGAGGAACACUGCAGCAUUCUGCAGAUUACGAGGGUAAAAAAAGGAUGAAAAGAAAAAACGCACCCUCUUACCCUCUAGGUCUCCACAGCUCUCCCCCUAUAAACCCCAGUGCUUGAAAGUGCAAAAUAAUGUUGCUCUGCCAUUUUGCGGUCACUUUGUGUAUGAUGUAUAUCUAAAUGUAUAUUUAUGUUUAUGAUUCUUUUCUGAAAUAUUAAGAAAUAAUAUAUUAAACAAAAGAAAAAAGAAUGAAAAACUUUAGGAAUGUAGCUCUUUACAGGUUCUGCCACGCAUGUUUACAGAAAUUUCAUCCUGGCAGAAAAUAAUAUUGUAGUGCUGCUGUGUCACACUAGGUGGCAGUAAUGUGCAAUGCUGCCCUGUCUCACCACAGAUGCGCAUGGACAUUUAGAAGCAGAAAAUUCACACAAAACGGUGGCUGGAUUCUACACUACAAACACAUGAGUGUGUCAGAUCGUGUUGAAAUCAUAAUAUAUGUUUCACUUAUUUUCCUAUUUAUUUAUCAAAUAUAAUAUAAAAACAUAUAACACUAUUUCAGAGAUGUUUCGAGGAUAACCUCUGACUUAAGAGGGGAAAUAUAGUUUUAACGUACUAAUGGACAUACUACAUAUCAUAGAAGCACUGGUGUUUGAUAUGAAAUGUUGAGAUUUAAGAAGAACAGCUAUUUAGUGUUUAAUCUAACAGACAUGUUUGGUUUGUUUUCUACAUGAGUAUUACAAGCCUUUGAGAGCUCACGCUCUACAUGAGUACAAACUUUACUAAUAUGACACGUCUAUAUCACUAACCAGGAGAAAUGUCUUUUUAAAUAAAGACAAUAGCCAUACCUAAAACUAGCUGUGACGUUAAAGCUGCACUUUCUCAUUUCUCGCGUUUUCGAAAGGGUGAAAGGUGCUCAGAACUAAUUCUGAUUCAACAGGGAAUCAGUAACAAUGACACUUCAAUAUCAAGCCCUUCAAUGUGAGUAACUCGGCUAUUAUAAGCUCUUAUAUGUUGUAUGUCAAAUUUUUGUAUUUUGUCACAAGUCUUAAGUUCGUAAACAACGUCAUUGUGUAUUGCAUUUUCGAUUAUUUAAUUUUAUUUGCCAGGGUUGUCAGAUUUGGCAGCUUUGAUGGAUAUAGAUCGUAUGUGUUGUGUUGUGAUGUCUUUGGUAACAGCCACUACCAAUGCAUCUUACCUCAGAUGGGUAGAUGAGUGAACGGUGAGUUUUGGCAGUAAUUAGUUUAUCUGAAGAGAGCACAGAUCACCCCAAAAAACGGAUAGUUCCCCCAAAAUAUGGUUGUUCUUUAUUAGGUAGAACACAAAGGAAUAUAUUUAGAAGAAUUGUCUGUACAAUUGGAAGUUAAAAGGAAUAAAGACAGUUGUAUGUGAAAAGAGCAGCUUGGACAUUCUGCUAAAUAUCUUCUUUUUUUAAAACAAGUUUUGAAAUGACAUAAGGCUGAGUCAAUGAUUUUCAUUUUUAGGGAACUAUACUUUCAAGUCAGUCCUGCUCUCUGCCAUUUUAUGUAGGUUUUAAAAUGUAGCGUAGUAUUAUAUGAUUUCAAAACUUCUGAGAAGUUAGGAUUUUGUUUCCUUUAUUUAAAGGACUUUGUUAAUUCAGCGAGACUUGUUUAAGGACAGUAAAAGUUUGUGUCUAGGGAAUCAAGAGUGCUGUGUAUGUGCGUUUCUGUAGAAGUGAAGCAUCCUGCACUUUGACCAUACAUAUAUAUGUGCACCACAGGACCACAACCACACAGAAAGGAAUUACAGUACAUGUAUAUAACCAAAUAUCCUGAAACUUUGUGCAAUGUCAGUGUAACUGUGGCUUUCUUUUUGGAUUGUAAUGUUCUUGAAUGUGUUAUUUAUAUUGUGCCAGUUAUGUUUUGCUAUAUUUAAGAACAAACAUGAAUUUUUUGCACUAAUGUCAAAUGGAGCAAUAUACUGCUGUAUACAAGAUCAAAACACUACUGUAAAUGAAAUAAAGCUGUUUUCAGGUGGAA